AUGUCAUCUUUAUAAGGUGAGCAGCCAUUUUGUUAGCUAGCCUGAGGUUAAAGAGGUUAGCCCUCGGAUUUAGCCACUGGAACGUUAAAUAUGCUUUCAGAGACCAUGUCAGAGUUGUACAUUCGUGUGGCUGAGGAAGAAAACGAAGAACCCAUGGAGAUCCCCUCGGAGGACGACGGCACCGUUUUGCUGUCAUCGGUAGCAGCACAAUUUCCAGGGGCGUGCGGACUGCGGUACAGGAACCCAGAGUCCCAGUGCAUGAGGGGAGUCCGGCUUGUCGAGGGCGUCCUGCAUGCACCAGAGAGCGACUGGGGAAACCUGGUCUACGUCGUAAGUUAUCCCAAAGAUAAUAAACGGAAGAUGGAUGAAAUAGAUGCUGCCUCAGCUGUGAAAAUCAAAAGGGGCUUUCAGAAGACAUCAGAUCUCAUUGUCCUUGGGCUGCCAUGGAAAACAACAGAACAAGACCUAAAAGAUUAUUUCAGUACCUUUGGGGAGGUCAUCAUGGUACAGGUGAAGAGAGAUGCAAAAACUGGCAACUCAAAAGGUUUUGGGUUUGUCCGGUUCACUGACUACGAGACACAAACCAAAGUCAUUGCUCAGAGACACAUGAUUGAUGGACGAUGGUGUGACUGCAAGCUUCCCAACUCAAAGGCUUGCCCUGAUGAGCCAAUGCGGAGCCGCAAAAUCUUUGUUGGCCGCUGUACAGAAGACAUGACAACCGAUGACCUGAGGAAGUACUUCAUGCAGUAUGGCGAAGUUACUGAUGUCUUCAUCCCCAAACCUUUUCGGGCGUUUGCAUUUGUCACAUUUGCUGACGACCAGGUUGCCCAAGCCCUGUGUGGAGAGGACCUGAUCAUCAAGGGGGUCAGCGUGCACAUCUCCAAUGCUGAGCCCAAACACAAUAAUAGUAGGCAAAUGAUGGAUCGAGGGCGGUUUGGGGCUGGUGGGUUCAGUCAGGGCUAUGGCAGUAAUCGCGGGGGGCUAGGCAGUGGUAGCGGUGGGGUUAACUUUGGGGCUCUUGGUCUUAACCCUGCCAUGGUGGCUGCUGCCCAGGCAGCACUGCAGAGCAGUUGGGGAAUGAUGGGUAUGCUGGCUAACCAGCAGGGUCUCACCACAACGGCUGGCAACCACCCAAACCAAGACCAGACCUAUAGCUCUGCCAGCACCAGUUACAGCAGCCCCAGCUCAGCUAGCCUUGGUUGGGCUGCAGGCACUAACACUGCCUCCAACAGUGGCUUCAGCUCUGGCUUUGGCACAUCUAUGGAGUCUAAGUCUUCUAGUUGGGGAAUGUAGAUAGCUUGGAGUUAACCUUUCUGUUGCUGUUAGGUUAAUCUGGUAAGUAUAUCUGCAGGGGGGAACUGCUUAUAUCUUACGUUUGUAUUAUUUAAAAACACAAAGCCUUUUAUUUUGUUAAGAAGAAAUUUAUACUUGCGUGUGACUGGUUGUGUAGUCAUGCUUUGAAUGGGUGAAAGGUUUAUUUUGAUAGCAAAAGUACAACACUCCCUUUUUUGUUUUUGAGCAGAUGUUACACGGAGAUGACUGCAUGUGAGAUAAAAAUUUAUAAACAUGCACGAGUAUCUCAAGCCCCUCAGCCCCUUGUAAAAUGGGCUUUAUUAAUUAUUAACUGUGUAUCUGUAAACAGUUGAAUGCAUCUUUUGUUUUUUGUUGUAUUUUGAAAACGGCUUCAUGAAAAUUUCUUCUGCAGUUCACCAACCCUUUCCCAAUUUCCCGGGAGGAAGCGCCUCAUUGGCAGCAAUGUUCGACAGAUCUCAGUAUCAAUUCCCUCUUCCCAUGUGUA